AUGGCGUCUUCGCAAGAGGAUGCUUCGACCCAUCCGGAGGCGGAACCGUGGACCGUCUCUCAUGAAGAAAACGGCGACGAAGAGUUGCUGGAAGACGCGGAAAGCGCGGAGAAGGUCGAAAUUCCCGUUGAUGAUGUGGUAGGCGAGAGAGUAUCGAGCUUAUUGAUUUUAUGCAAUUUUCCAGGAAAAAGCGUUCUCCUUCAAAAAACUGUGGGCUUUCACCGGACCGGGAUUCCUCAUGAGCAUCGCGUACCUGGACCCCGGAAACAUUGAAAGUGACCUCCAAUCCGGAGCAAAAGCCGCUUACAAGCUCCUCUGGGUCCUCUUGUCAGCUCACAUCAUCGGAAUGCUCCUGCAAAGAAUGUCGGCAAGACUUGGAGUCGUCAGUGGAAAGCACAUGGCAGAGGUUGGGAAAUUGAAGUGACCGUCGGUUUCAAACAAUACUGUUUCCAGGUUGCUUUCCAAUUCUAUCCACGGAUCCCACGCAUCAUCCUAUGGCUGAUGAUCGAGAUCGCGAUUGUGUGCAGCGACAUGCAAGAAGUGAUCGGAACGGCUAUUGCCAUCUUCCUGCUCUCAAGAGGAUUGUAAGUUUCUCAAAUUGACAGGGCUGAGCAAAACGCCGACCCAGGCGUUACGUAGGCUCGAAAGCCUGGAUAGAGCCCGAUCGAAGAAUUCCAAUUCUUAGAAAGCCUGGAAAAAGUCUGCGCCGGCCUUUUGCCUAUUCCUGCAAAUAGUACAAGUGAGAACACCAUUUCUUUUCAGCAUUCCUCUGUACGUCGGUGUAUUCGUCACAAUCUUGGAUACGUUCACUUUUCUGCUCAUCGACCGAUAUGGAAUUCGAAAACUUGAGCUCAUUUUUGGAUUCCUUAUUUUCACGAUGACCGUCUCGUUCGGAUAUGAGGUAGAAUUCAAAUUCACUAACCGUUUCUAAAGGGGUUUCGAUCUAUCUUCUUUCAGUUUGUCGUCGUGAAGCCGCCGAUCGGAGAAGUCGUGUCAGGAAUGAUUGUUCCGUGGUGUACCGGGUGUGGAAAAGAAGAGUUCAUGCAGGCGAUAUCUGUUGUUGGAGCCGUCAUCAUGCCUCACAACCUCUACCUUCAUUCUGCUCUUGUCAAAGUGAGUGUUUAGUGACAAAUGCUUGAAAAAAAACAGUUUCAAUUUCCAGUCCCGCCGCGUUGACCGUACCGAUCGUCGUCGUGUCGCCGAGGCCAACAAGUACUUCACUCUUGAGUCUGCCAUUGCUCUCGUCCUCAGUUUCUUCAUCAAUCUCUUCGUCGUCGCAGUUUUCGCGCAUGGAUUGUACCAGAAGACUAAUGCUGAUGUGGUGGGUGUCUAUGAAUACUCGAACUUGCUAAUGGUUACGUUUUCAGCGAAAAAUGUGUAUUGCCAAGCACGACAUCCCGGAUUCACACAUUUUCCCGAACAAUACCGACCCGGUAGAAGUGGACAUUUACAAGGUUUGCCACUAUUUUCAAUCUUCCGUACCGAGAUGUGCACGUUUCAGGGAGGAAUCUAUCUCGGUUGUCAGUUUGGAGCCGUUGCCAUGUUCAUCUGGGGAAUCGGUAUAUUCGCGGCCGGACAGAGUUCCACAAUGACCGGAACGUACACUGGACAGUUUGUAAUGGAGGGAUUCGUGAAAAUCGCGUGGCCAAAAUGGAAAAGAGUGCUCAUCACUCGUGCAAUUGCCAUCACGCCCACCCUGAUCCUCACAUUUUACUCGCAGGGCGUUCAGAACUUGACAGGUUUUUCACAAAACCAAUGUCCAAAACAUACAAUAUUCACAGGCAUGAACGACUUCCUUAACUGCGUGCAAAUGAUUCAAUUGCCGUUCGCUUUGAUUCCAAUCAUCACUUUCACUUCGAGCCGCAAGAUUAUGCACGAUUUCCGAAGUUCGAAGUAUGCGUUGAAGUUCUUUUUUCUUUUACUAUGAAAAAUACAUUUUUACAGACUAUUCCAAAUAUUUGCGCUGACAACGUCCGCACUCAUUCUCACCAUCAACGUCUACUUCAUUUCCGAUUACGUCUCCUCACGCCUCGGAACCGAGUGGUACAUCAUCAUGAUCCUUGCUCCGGUCACCGUCUUCUACGUGCUUUUUGUGAUUUACCUGGCCGCGUACUGUCUGGUUUCCUGUGAAGUCAUUCCGGAAACUGUCAGUAUCCGCGGUUUCAGUUUCAACAAAUUCUACGAGAACGAUGCCCCAUGGCUUUCCAAUGAUCCUUCGGUGGCAGGCCACGAGAACGAGGGAUACGAGUGA